ACGCAAUUACGUGCUAAUUCUGCGACAGGAAACGAAUCAGUGGAGGACACGAUAUGCACGGAACUGCUGAAAAACACCUGAAAAAGUGUAUUCCUGAUCUUUGAUUUGUGUUUUGUAAUGUGCUGAAGACAUGAAUGUACUGCAGUCCUGACAGCAGCCAUCAUGACGACAGAGGCUGUAUCCACAGGGACUCGGGCUCAGAUCCCAGCUCCUGUCCAGAAAGACUCCUACUACUGGCUACGCUCUUUCGCAGCUGGAGGUGUUGCUGGAUGCUGUGCCAAGUCCACCAUAGCGCCUCUUGAUCGAGUGAAAAUUUUACUACAAGCUCAAAAUCCUCAUUACAAACACCUUGGAGUGUUUGCCACACUUAAGGCAGUGCCAAAAAAAGAGGGUUUCCUUGGACUAUACAAGGGAAAUGGAGCCAUGAUGAUCAGGAUUUUCCCAUAUGGAGCCAUUCAGUUUAUGGCUUUUGAUAACUACAAAAAGUUCCUUAACACACAUCUUGGAAUAUCUGGGCAUAUUCAUCGGCUCAUGGCAGGAUCUAUCAGCAGCCUCACAAAAACUCUCAAGCAUGUGUACACCCAGUAUGGUGUCAAGAAAGGACUGUAUCGUGGCCUGUCCCUCAACUACAUCCGCUGUAUACCGUCACAAGCUGUUGACUUCACUACUUACGAGUUCAUGAAGCAAAUUCUUCACCUAAACUAG